AAAGAGAACACAUGCACAAGCAGAGAGAGAGUGAGAGAGAGAAGAUGAGGAGCAUGAAAGGAGAGGUGGUGCUGAACAUUCCAGCAGAGAAAGCAUGGGAGAUGUAUAGAAACAAUGAGAUUGUGAGCAAGAUCAAUCCAGACAUGCUUGCUGCUGCUGAGUAUCUUCAAGGUGAUGGGAGCCCUGGUAGCUUGAGGCUCUUCAAGCUGGGUCCUGCUGUGCGUGGUUACGUGAAAGAAUCGAUGGAGAAGAUAGAGAAGGUGGAAGUGGGCCGAUCGAUAACAUACCAAGUGAUUGGAGGAGAGCUGAAGAACAUGUAUGAUCCGUAUAGGGUUACCUUCACAUUUUCUCCAGUGCCUGGUAGUAAUGGAGAGAAAUGCAUUGCUGAAUGGAAAGCCGAAUUUGAGCCGUUGUCGCCGACCAUGCCUCCACCGGAGAAAGCCAAGGACGCGGCACUCGGAUUCCUCAAAUCGUUUGAGAACUACGACCACAUCGUUGCCGUGUGAUCAUCACCCAUCAUGGUCCACUUCUCUGACCAUUGAUCUACAAGUACAAUCAGUAUUUUAGACUUUGAAAUAACUUAUACUACUGCCUAAUGUAUGGGGAACAUGUUGUUAUCAGCUGUAUAUAUAUAUAUAAUAUUAUAUAAUACGUAGCUUUUUGUGUGUUA